CGGUGAGAGGCCGGUGCCGGCCGCACUCGCGUGGCCUGUGGCAGUUCGGCUGUCAGGGCGGACGGAGCAAGCGUUGGCCGCCGACAUGACGCCUGAGGAUCAGGAGACCCAGCCGCUCCUGGGGCGGCCCGGCGGCAGCGCCUUCGCCGCCGCCCUGGGCCCGCUCAGCUUUGGCUUCGCGCUCGGCUACAGCUCCCCGGCCAUCCCGAGCCUGCAGCGCGCCGCGCCCCCGGCGCCGCGCCUCGACGCCGCCGCCGCCUCCUGGUUCGGGGCCAUCGUGACCCUGGGCGCCGCGGCGGGGGGCGUGCUGGGCGGCUGGCUCGUGGACCGCGCCGGGCGCAAGCUGAGCCUCCUGCUCUGCACCGUGCCCUUCGUGGUCGGCUUUGCCAUCAUCACCGCGGCCCAGGACGUGUGGAUGCUGCUCGGGGGCCGCCUCCUCACCGGCGUGGCCUGCGGCAUUGCCUCGUUGGUGGCUCCGGUCUAUAUCUCCGAAAUUGCCUACCCUGCGGUGCGGGGGCUGCUGGGCUCCUGUGUGCAGCUGAUGGUCGUCACAGGCAUCCUCCUGGCCUACCUUGCAGGCUGGGUCCUGGAGUGGCGCUGGCUGGCCGUGCUGGGCUGCGUGCCCCCCUCCUUCAUGCUGCUGCUCAUGUGCUGCAUGCCCGAGACCCCACGCUUCCUGCUGACUCAGCACAAGCGCCAGGAAGCCAUGGCCGCCCUGCAGUUCCUGUGGGGCUCUGAGCAGGGCUGGGAAGAGCCUCCUGUCAGGGCUGAGCACCAGGGCUUCCACCUGGCCCAGCUGAGGCGUCCUGGCAUCUACAAGCCCUUCAUCAUUGGUGUUUUGCUGAUGGCCUUCCAGCAGCUGUCAGGCAUCAACGCUGUCAUGUUCUAUGCGGAGACCAUCUUUGAGGAGGCCAAGUUCAAGGACAGCAGCCUGGCCUCCGUCGUCAUGGGUGUCAUCCAGGUGCUGUUCACGGCCGUGGCAGCCCUCAUCAUGGACAGAGCUGGGCGGAGGCUGCUCCUGGCCUUGUCAGGUGUGGUCAUGGUGUUCAGCACCAGUGCCUUUGGUGCCUACUUCAAGCUGACCCAGGGUGCCCCCAGCAACUCCUCGCACAUGGACCUCCUGGCACCCGUCUCCAUGGAGCCUGCGGAGGCCAGUGUGGGGCUGGCCUGGCUAGCAGUGGGCAGCGUGUGCCUCUUCAUCGCUGGCUUUGCUGUGGGCUGGGGGCCCAUCCCCUGGCUCCUCAUGUCUGAGAUCUUCCCUCUGCACGUCAAGGGCGUGGCCACCGGUGUCUGUGUCCUUACCAACUGGCUUAUGGCCUUUCUGGUGACAAAAGAGUUCAGCAGCCUCAUGGAGGUGCUCAGGCCCUACGGUGCCUUCUGGCUUGCCUCUGCCUUCUGCAUCCUCAGUGUCCUUUUCACUUUGUUCUGUGUCCCUGAAACCAAAGGAAAGACUUUGGAACAAAUCACAGCCCAUUUUGAGGGGUGAUGGCAGCCCCUUCCCAUGAGUGGCUGCCCCUCCUAGCUGGGCCGGCUUUGGGCUUCAGAGGGGAUGGAGCCCACCUGUGACUCUGAGCUGUGCCUCAACUGGAGCCUGGAACCCCUGCCUGCCCCCAGACUCCCAGGGAGCCGGGAUCCAGAACCAUAGCCCCUUGGAGCCUUGUCCUCCAGGGUCCCUCCUUCCUGCUCAGCUCUCUACAGCCCAGUGAACCACGAGUGUGAGGUUGCCAGCCCUUGGAUCCAGUUCCAGCUGCUUCUCUGCGACUCAGGAGGAGGGAACAUCUCGGAGGGGCUUCACUGCCCUGUGGUCCGUCCUCCGUGAGCCAUCUCUGUCAUGACACGAAAGCGACAGCGGAAGGAGACCCUUGGCUCCUUGUUUUCUGGAGGAGAUGCUUUUGGAGGCUGGUUGAUGGCCCAUGGUUUCUCCUCUCAUGUGGCUGCAUUAUCAGGAAGGACUUUGUUUGCCAAAUAAAAAUUUGACUCAGAAAA